GAUCGGACGAGCAUGGCGUACCGCGACGACGAGACGCAAGCACUGGUGCCCAAGGCGCGGAGCACGACGCCAUGCCUCAUGCUCCUCACGUGCUGCUCCUGCAUUGGCGGCUUCCUCUUUGGCUAUGAUACGGGCGUCAUCUCGGGGGCACUUGUCUCGAUGCAAGGCGCAGAUGGCGGCUUCUCGCUCACCACGCUGCAAUCCGAGACCGUUGUCUCGGCGGCCAUCGUGGGUGCGAUCCUCGGCGCGGCCAUGGGCAGCUACGGCAACGAUCGCUUCGGGCGCAAGCCCAUGAUCUUGGCCUCGUCGACGCUCUUCACGCUGGGCGCCGCCGCCAUGGGCCUUGCGUCGACGCUCUCGAUCUUGAUCGCUGGCCGCUUCCUUGUCGGCAUUGCCAUUGGCGUCUCGUCCAUGACUGUUCCCGUGUACAUUGCCGAAGCAUCCCAUCCAGCCUCGCGCGGGACUCUAGUGUCUCUCAACACGCUCAUGAUCACGGGCGGUCAAUUCGCCGCCAGCGUCUUCGACGGCUUUCUCAGCACGACGCCGCAAGGCUGGCGCUACAUGCUCGGUCUCGUCGCGAUCCCGUCCGUGCUUCAAUUCAUUGGCUUCCUCUUGCUGCCAGAGAGUCCACGCUGGCUCAAUGACAAGGGGUUCCGCGCCGAGGCCCAAGACGCGCUACUGCAAAUUCGCGGCUCGGGCGACAUCUACGACGAGUGGGAGCUCAUGGUGGCCGAGGCCGACGCGUCGGAUGCGCGCGAGAAGCACUUUGUGUCCGACCUCAACACACCCGCCGUGCUAAGAGCCCUCACCCUGGGCUGUGGUCUUCAAAUUUUGCAGCAGCUCUGCGGGAUCAACACGGUCAUGUACUACGGCGCCACCAUUGUCCAAAUGGCCGGCUUUACCGACCCGUCGACCGCGAUCUGGCUCGCGGCGGUCGUAGCUUUUAGCAACUUUGCCUUUACAUUUGUCGGUAUCUUCCUCGUCGACCGGGCUGGGCGCCGGCCGACGACGCUCUGGAGUCUUGCCGGCGUCGUGCUCACGCUCACUGCCCUUGGCACGGCCUUUCACCUCGCCGAGUCGGUGUCGAUCCCGGUGCAUGGUCUCGGCGCCUGUGCUUCGCUAAGCACGUGCUUUGACUGCGUCGCCAGCCCUGGCUGCGGCUACUGCGCCGCCACCCAGACGUGUCUUCCAGGCUCGGACGUCACGCCGCUCGACUCGUUUCUUUGUGAGAGCAAGCGCCUCAACUGGUCGUUUCAUACGUGCCCGACCAAGUCGAGUGUCUACAGCUGGCUCAUCGUCGGCGCCAUGUUUUCGUACCUUGCGUGCUUUGCGUCCGGCAUGGGCUGCAUGCCGUGGACGAUCAACGCGGAAAUCUACCCCACGAGCGUUCGCAGCGCCGCGAUCGGCCUUGCGACAACGUCCAACUGGGUCGCGAACCUCGUGGUGUCGUACACCUUCCUUACGAUCACCGAGGCCUUGUCGCCGGCCGGUGCGUUCUACCUCUACGCUGGCAUUGCCGCUCUCGGGUUUCUAUGGCUCUGCCACGCGCUCCCCGAAACAAAAGGCCUCGCGCUCGAAGACAUUCAGCGCAUCUUUGCAGACAAGUAACAGUGC